AUGGUCUGGGGCAGUGCUGCUGAGUGCAGAGUGAGAGCGGGCGAGUCGAGCUCAAUUGGUGACAUUCAACGGCGAUUCAGGGACGGAAAGCAGGCCUGCAGGCGACAUGGAUGUCAACCUCGACUAGAGUAGCUUUUCAUACAGAGGUUUCGGAGCCGCAUCGACGCCAACAUGGCCACAAACUCGACGCCAGUGAUGCUGGUCACGGCCAACGUCGGAUCCAUUUUCGAGGACCCCGAGGUGAUGCUAAAAAUAUGGACAGCGGAAUUUCUUUCUCAAAUUGCUCGUCUAGAGCCAAAAUUCAUCGCACUUCACUGCCAGGAAGUGGGAGGCAAAAACUACGAACAGAGCAUGAAGCACGUUGACCAUUUCGUCGAUUUACUGAUGACCAGCGAGCAACUGAGACUGUUUGAUAAAGUAAGGGUUUAUUUAGACGAGGAUUACUCCUCAGCCGAGAAAUUCACAGCCCUCGGAAGCUUCUACUUUGUCCACAACUCACUGACUGAUGUACUUAUUUGGGACUUCAAAGAGUCAGAUUUCGUGCCGUUGAAUGGCGUCGAGAUCCAUUCAGGGAGCAUCGAAGAUGUUGCUACAAAAGAAAAAUCAAAAUUCCCACAAGACUUUUUUCCAGAAUGUAAAUGGUCGAGAAAAGGCUUCUUGAGAACCAGAUGGAGCAUAAACGGCACCAUUUUUGACCUGAUUAACAUUCACCUCUUCCAUGACGCCUCCAACUUUGUUGCGAUGGAAUCUGCGCCGUCGGUCUAUAGCAAGAACAGGAGGCGCGCGUUACGACACCUGCUCGAGAGAUUUCAUUCUGAUGAGCUCGACUGCACGCCAUUUUUCUUAUUUGGCGACUUCAACUUCAGGACUGAGACCCAAGAAGUGGUCAAAAAAUUAUCUGAGGGGUUGAUUGCGGUGCCAACUUUUAAGUACAAUAAUGAAGAGGAAUGCACCAAAGUGAUCUACGAAGAUGAAGAUAGCCAGGUUGUAUUGAGCUUAGGCAAAAAGGAAUUUUGCCAUGUCGAUCAUCAGAAGAUUUUCGUAGACAAAAACGGAGAGUGGUUGCGGCAGUACGACAAAGAAAUGGAGGCAUUCAGCAGCGACUUGUUUGAGUUUGAUAUUGCUUUCCCCCCGAGCUAUCCUUUUGAAGAAGAUGAACGAGGAGCAAAAUGCUACAUGCAGACCAGGUGCCCUGCCUGGUGCGACCGAGUCCUCAUGAGCCACUCGGCCAGGCAGCUUAUCCAGGAUCACUCGGAAAGCGGGAAGAAACUGGAGUACUUUUUGAUGGGCCAGAACACUUGUAUGGGUGACCACAAGCCAGUGUACCUGAAGAUGUGGGUGCUGCCGGAGGCAGGUGAGGUUUUAUGCGUGCGGCACCCCCCGUCAAGCAUGUCCUCCCCCCCGCCGUGCACGGGCUGCGCUGAGGGCGGGCAGGGCGCGUUGGCGGCGGCCGCGAGCGCCGCCGACCGGCCGCUGGUACGCGCCCAUUCCGGAGGCGUGGAGCGGCCGCCGCACGCGCUCGCCAACUCCAAGUGCCGGUGCCUGAGCGAACCGGCGUGGCAGUCGUCGCCGUCGCGCCACCGGCUCAUCUCGUCGGACGCGGCGCGGCGGCAGCUGUCACGCUUCAGCAGCCACCACAGCUCGUCAGACGAGGACUGGUUCGAACUGGUCGACCCGGCCGUUGAGGCCGAGGAGGUCUUCCUGCCCGCGGCCGACCAGAAAGCGGUGGACGCGCGUCCUCAGCCGCAGCGCCUGCCCAAAAUUCCAGACGAAAGAAAAUGCUGCUGCACGCUCCUCUAGCAUGAACUGUUUUUGUGUCCAUCUGUGUGUCCGUCCGUCCGACCAACCGGCAAAUAAGACCUGCCACCCCCUUCUCUCACCCAGUCAUUGUUGAUUUAUUUACCUUGCAAAAAUAAAGUAAAAUUGGUGGAAUGCUGCGUGCCCACUAACCUGACCGAGCAUGUCGAGAACGACGCAGGCCUAACCGCGCUGGUCGCUGGUGUUGCAGCUGCACCACUGGCCCGGCAGAGACGGUUUUCGGAGGCAGCUGAUGCUCUCAGUCCCAAGCUGGAGUUGAUCAAUGCAGCCUCGGUGCAGCACAUCUUCAGAGAGACCACUGUCUGACAGCGGCCCUCGGCGCUCGUCCCAUUCUAGUCCGACUUCAUCCCAUCACUCGUCAAUGUUGUUCAAUCAAUAAUAUUAUAUGUAUAAUUAUAUGCGUGUUUGGUCAAUUAGUAUAACACCCCGGAUUCACGUAAUCGAACACUGUCAACCAAGAAUCUGUCAAUAUAUGUUUAAGAUAUAAUUAUGUAGUAAAUGAAUUACGCAUUCUUAAUUAGUUAAGGUGGAGCAGCGUCCACGCUAGUCAGUGUAAGGAUAUCAGCCAGUUUCUCCAAGUGUUUGAAUCUCUUGAGUUGCUGUUUUUUAUUUCUUAAACAAAUCAAAUUGUUUAUUAUACUCGCCGAUUUUCCUAAUCAACUACAAACCCGCUGAUUAGGAAAACCGUUGAAUUCCAUAAUCAUGCAUGUCUUUAAAAAUUAUGCUGUUAACUAACAUUUGUCUCGUCUAAACGGAAAUAAAUAAAUGUAUAAUAAAUGUUCACAACAUCGCACAUUCCCAGUUGUAAUUUUGCCCAGAAAAAAUCUGUCUGAUAUGCCACUCGCCAAAAAUCGGAUGUAGUUUCUCCUGCCUUUCAAGAUUCAGUGAGACACCGGUAGUGAUCAUUAAAAUGCCUUCCUCCUUGUUGUCAUUUUUGGUUGCUGCCUCGGUAUGCUGAGGAGAAGUUUUAACUCACAUAGCACCUAAGUAUGAUUAUCUAAUGCUUAUUAUUUGAAGUUGUCGAACGCGAGGACAAACUAUUUACUCAAUUCUAACGCUACUCUAUUGUUCAAAUAAGUGUAUGCUUUCAUCUAAAAUUUAAACUGCGCCAAGAGCUAAUUUAUUUAAUGCAAAAUAUAUUCCAUUUUUAAAUUUUUAGAGUUAUGCGAGUUGUUCAGAGAUAUAAACGAAUUGAUUAUAUAUUGUUUCAAAAACCGGUAUUUUAUCGACUUAAUUGUUCUUCUUUUUGAUGGACAUGAAAUGUUUUAAAUUGUAAUAAACGACUUAAACGUCAGAAAA